AUAAAAUGUAAGAAAGCAGUGAUAAUUUCUAAGAUUCCUAAAGUUAAAGCUCAGAAUAAAGAUAAAAAGGGAGCGUGCCUUCAUUUUUAGUAAGACUCUUCGAUAUUAUGGAAGUAUAAUCUAAUAAUUGAGAAUAGAAUGAAGACUUAAAAGAAAUAAUUGGAUGGAAUACUGAAGGUAAUGCGUUUAUUGUAAGAAAUUAAUAAUUACUUGCUGAUAAAAUAUUACCUAAAUAUUUCAAACAUAAGAAUUAUCCUAGCUUUUUAAGGUAAAUUUUUUUAUUCUAAAAUUUAGAUAACUCAACAUGUAUAAUUUUAAAAAAAGUAAAGCUGAUGAUGUUAAUUAAAAAUUUGAGCAUAAAUGGUUUAGAAGAGAUGGAAGAGCCUUAUUGACCAACAUUAAAAGAAGAAACUAAGAAGAAAAUGAUGAUAAAGAUGUUAAAUAUAUAUUAAGAAUCUUAGGAAAUUCCAUAGAUUGUUGAUGAAAUUGAAUAAUUUAAAAAAGCACAAAAGGAACUGAAAAAUGAAAUUUAAGCAAUAGCUGACAGUUAAAAAUAACUAUAAAUAGCACUUUAAUAAAUUAUGCAAUAAAAUGAAACACUAUUUUAAGAAAGUCAACAAUUAACAUAAGAACUAUCUAAUAUGCAAUCAAAAAAUUAAUAGCGAUUCGCAAAUUACUCUAAUAUUUUAACUGAAAUUGUUUAAAGAUUAUAAUAAGAAUAAGAAGAAGAAUUAAGUAUUUCAGAUUAAUUAUUGUAGGAAAUAGGGACAUUAACUAACCAUAAAUAACUGGAGAAUAAAAAAAAGCUAAUGUUAUAUAAAUAAAGCAAGAAUAGCCUAGUCAAUAAUAACAGUUCUUAUCUCAAUCGUAAAAUAAUUUAUCUGCAAAUUCUCUUCAAUUUUUAAUGAAUAUGAGUGCUAAUAAAAAUGCAUUUAACUUUUAGAUGUUUUCAUAAUUAAAGCAUUAAUAAAUGAAUAUGUAAAUGUUUUAAAACGGUUCUACAUAAUAAUAAUAAUAAAGUGAUGUCAAGAAGAAUGAAAUAAAAAAGGAAAAUGAAUAAUGA